UGUUUAAGCGAAAUUUAUUGUUCUAACCUCUUAAAGGGAGAGUUCUGUAUGCGAGAAAGUGUUUGGAAUAACAGGUGCUUAGUUUGUUGUGAAAAAUGGAUAAUUAUAGUUAUUGGAACUAUUGGAAGCGGCCCAUGAAACUUCAUGAACUCAUGGCAGAAAUUGAAAACAUUGAUGACGAUGAGUUCAUUCCUGAUACUAUUGCCGUUCUACCGCCAGUUAACGCAAAUGAAUAUAACACUGAUGAGGAUUCCGGCGACGAAAAUGAAGUGGAUAUAAACAACCUCCCUGGAAGUCAGCUGAUGACUGAAGUUGAGGUUGUAUUUGAAAACAAGGGAUCAAACCAAACUACAGUUGAGAGUGAUUUUGAUAGCGACGAUGACCUACCUUUGUCUACCUUUCUUACGAAAAAACGACCAAAAUUAUCAAAACCAAGUUACUCUUGGAAAAAAGGUGACAUCAACCAAGAUUUUCCAGAAUGGGUAAACGCAAGUGGUCAAAAAAAUUCUUUAUCUCCUUUAGAACUAUUUUUUCAGUUUAUAGAUGACGAAAUUAUUGACCUGGUUGUGAAAUAUUCCAAUAUGCUAUUCAGCAUAAUCGCCGAGGGUCUAGUGUUGUACUUCAGUUUGCUGAUAUUAUUCAGUCUCAAUGUGAAAAAGCUCCUUUCCAUAUCUUUUGUGACAAUUUUUGUUACGUCAUUACCUCUGUUGGCUGAGCUGUCCUCCAGGGGGCUCAAAUGCACAGGAACUCUGCGAGAAAACAGACUAUCAGAUUGCCCUCUUGAAAAAUCCAGUAUGUUCAAGAAAAAAUCCCGUUUUAGUUUUGAUUAUCUUUUGGAGGAGAACCAAAAUAAUAUUGUAUGUAAAUGGAAUGACAAUAGUGUUGUUACAAUCGCCUCAAAUGUAACAUCUCCUUUUCCGACACAGCAAGUUAAACGCUUCUCUCAGAAAGAAAAGAAAAUGAUACAUGUUGAGCAAUCCAUGUUUGAUCAAACAAUGCAACGAAAACAUGGGCGGUGUUGA